AUGGCGGUUUCGAAUACGGCAUUUCCCCACGGAUUGCAGCAGACGCAAUCGAUACCAAACAUUCUAUCAGUUCCCCGGGUGACAACCCCAUGUUCGCUUUACGAAUUCGAUCAAACGGGCGCAAUUGAUCCCAGCACAAGCCUGAAUCCGGCGAGCGUGAAUCAAGAUCUAGUCGUCACCGCGGGUCAAACGUAUACACUGACAUUCCGAACCUACUUGGAGGCUUGCACUACGUCGGAAGACUCUGUGGGCGUAAUGUUGAACCAUGCCUCGGUAUUCACGGUCGACGCUUGCGAUUUUGGGCCAGGGACGUAUAGAGACAAUACCGUCAACUUUACGGCGACGGUCAGUCCAUGGAUUUUGCGGUUUGAGUUCGAGGUUGGUAAGACGACUGGGGUCGUGAAGGUUGACAAUGUGGCGGUGGUUCCGAACGGCGGCUUCGAAACCGGUAACCUCUCGCCCUGGGCCGUGACGGAUACCGUCGGCCAAAGUACCCACAGCAUCGUCACGCCCGGCAGUGCCAACCCCGGCGGCAACACUUACGCCUUCGAUGCCUCUCUGCUCCUGCCGACCUUCCCUUACAACGGCGUCUGCUCUCUCACCCUGCAGCAGACGUUGAACACCUGCGCCGGAACGAAUCACUCCAUCACGCUGGAUUACAAACUCGACUCGUCGAAUCUCGGCGAGUGUUCGAUCAAGGUCGAGUAUCCGUACAGGACCACGACGGGCAGCGUGUCCGUGAACGGUUAUGUUUCCCCGGUUCGGGUGUGGGACACGAUGGUCGCGACGUUCCGGGCGGUGAGCAAUGCCGACGUGCUCAUGAUCGUGUUGAGCUGUACGAAUGGGGGGUCGGAUGUUGAGGUGGAUAAUGUCAAGGUUGCAUACUAUCCCGGAAAUGCAUAUUGA